AUGAAUGAGGCAUCCGGCGUGCUUCUACAGCUCGCCGUGGCGCUCGUCAGGGACGUGCUUGUUCACAAAAUCUUUCAAGCCAUCCGUUGUGCGCGGGCCGUCGAAAGUCUCGACUUCAUUGCUGCCGGGCUUGAUCAGGAGAACAGUGGGGUAGGCGGUCCACUGGAUGUGGUCCAACGCGGACUCGUUGCCGUCACCGUUGAGGGUUGCGACGAUCACGCGUCCGUCGGUUUUCAUGGUCUCACCGAAGGCUUUAAAGACGGGCAAGAACUUCUUGCAGUGCUCGCAGAACGGGGACUCGAUCAUGAGCAGGAUGGGGCGGGUGGCAUUUUUCACAAAGUCGGGCAGCGUCUUGCCGACGAGGAUCACAACGGGGCCAUCGUUGGAAGCGGGCUCCUCCUGACUCUUGAUGCUGCGGGGGACAUUGCCGGCGUCGACGUCGGCGUAGAAGCGCAGCACAGCUUCCGCGUCGUCAAAGGAGUAAGCCUCAGGGACCAGAAUGUAACGGCCGGUGUUGGUCUGGUGAGCAACGGAGGGGAAGGACUCAACGGCGAACGCCUCCUUGGCGGCGGUGAACUUCUCCACGUCGAGCCAGGCGAACAGCACGCUUGA